CCCUGGCUUGGAAAUUGUAUAAAGUGCAGACUACACCGUAAAUUUUCUCUUUCGUACUAGGGAGAGUCUUUCUAGUCCUCGUUUCCAAAUCUUCUUCUGGAAAUCAAAAUGUUCGAUUUAGAAGAGAACGACGUGCUGGAAGCGCGCGCCGGCAAGAACGCGGGGGUGAGCAAUCUCGUCAGCACAUGUACUUCCACAAAUGCCCCGGAGGUAGACAACACUUCAGAUAUCGCAAAAGUUUUUAGUGAAGGCAUUCAUCAUCUUCAAGAUGACCACGAGAAUACGGCCAAUGACAAAAGUUCUCCAGAGGAUCACCAUACUGCAGCAAGAACCGUUACUCCCCCGGCACCACCUUCCCUCUCGUCCCUGCGGCCCAUUUACUCCCUCCGGGAACUGGCAAAUUUGCACGAAAAUGCUUUGCUCGCGGCAGAAUUUGACGGUGCAACUCCGUCGGAAGACGCGACCUCUUCGAAUGAGCUCAAGCACAGAGGCUACUACCUGUGCGGCCGUGUGGCUGCUGUGGAGGAAAAAACCGGAAGCGGAACGACAUCGACUGCGAACGGUUGUAACGAUGCUGUUGCUCUGAGUAAGGCACCACAACUUAAGACUGCGGGGCAGAUUGCAAAACCGGGACGGAAUAAGGCCGCCGCAUCCGGUGCCAGUUCUGCAGCAGCCAGCCGCGCGGGAGAGGACAUGGACAAGAAAAUUAGAAACGCCGGAGGAAAGCAAGCGAAGGUAAACGCAGCCGGAAGUGGGGUAACAGAAGAUAGUGCUGCUAUCGUUGCCGCCACACAAUCAAGCGGAUCGCGAGAAAACAUUGCCACGACUUUUCUCUUCGAAGACCUCUUCGGAGACCUGCUGCAGAUCAUCAUCUAUGAGACAGGCACAAAUGUUGCACCACUUCCACUUGACGCAGUUGCUCAGCAGGAUAAAACAAGAACCGACCACCUUGCCCGACCAGAUUAUAGCCUUAAUGUCAAUGCCAGUCGUGGCAAGAACGACGUUGGCUUGCCGGCGCGCGAAGUCUCGGCUCCUGGAGCAGAACCAGAAGUAGGAGUAGCCGACAAACGCAAAGAAGACCACGAUAAGCCUAGCAGUAGAAGAAACAAUGAGAAGGCCAGUAAGAGAAGCAAGGACAAGGAGAAGCGAACAACCGAAACUUCUACGAGCGACACGAAGAGAGGAGGCAGCGGACACUGGUGCCAACUACGUGAAGAUGAAAACAAAUACCCUCCUGGCACUGGGUUGAUGCUGCUAGAGCCGCUUGUAGUGAGCCAUCGCUGUGCUGAUGAUGAUGAUGGUGGUCCUCCUGAUGAAGUUAAUACUGCCGCAUCGGGCGCACCGACGCCUAUUGAAGCUCCCACGUUCAGCGGUAUUCGUUGCACCUUCACGGUCAAAAUUGUACUUAGUGCGUCGACGUCCACCUCCUCGCUGCCGGUGGAGCACAAAGCCGAAGCACAAGCAAUCCUCUCCUGGCCCGCCUUUCCGAAGGACAUUCGCGAUUGGAUCGCGCUGGGGCAAAAGUUUGAGCAACAGUAUUUUCAACGUCCGGAUCCUGCUGGGCAAGGAAAUCAAACGGACAAAAACGAUGCCGAAACACGCGACGAUCGCUCCUUUCGGUAUAGUCUUUAUAGCGAUCUGAGAAAGAAGGACUUGACGUCCCCCGGCAACGAGGCGGAACUCGCUUUGCUGUGCUACCGCCGGGCUUUCGCCAGCAUUCCCAACCGAAUUGAGCUGUCCAGUUGUUACGCCAGUUACGGCUACUGCUUUUACCAAUCGAACCACUUGUCAGCCGAGGCCAUCCGGGCGGCGCUGAUUGCUUGCGUGCUCGACGUGGACAGUUUUCGGGCCUGGCGAAUUCUCGCGGACAUUCUCCGUGCCAAGAACGAGGCCGUCCCAGACGCGAUUGUGAAUUUGCUCGGAGAGUUCGUUACUAACUUUGUCGCGACGAGGGGAUUUUUUGCAUCAUCAUUAUCUCCACCGUCUCCAACAACUCGGUCGCUAAUUCCACCAAGAAGAACAAGAGGCGUUUUGGAAAAUGCGUGUUGUUCUGAAGAUUUCUAUGAUCCACCCGGGCAUCCCUUUUUCGUUUAUCUCGAGUCUCCAUCCCCAGCUCUGCGCGCCAAGCGAAAGGCCUGGGACCGCGGGACCGGCACGCUGCAGAUGUUCAAGAACUUUGCUGCUGAUGUGAAAGAAGAAGCGGUGAAGGAGCUAUGUAAUCUUUCCUUCGCAGCGACCGUCGCGCUGCCGGGCGUGAUGGACGUGUUUGAGAGACAGCGACAGGAGGUGUGUCAACUGGAGAAAAACAACAACGACAACCAUAAAACCUCUACAACUACUGAGCGCGCCACCUACCAGGAGUUCGAAGCAGCCAAAGACCAGGCGAAAUCACCUUUCCGCCGGCAUGAAUUUGGCGCCGAAACGCAGCGGGCAUACGCACGACUGCUGUUCUGGACUAAGGAGAUGGUGGAGACGGCAAAGCACUGCGGAAAAGUUUUAUGUCUGGAGAGCAAUAUGGCCCUCAAGGUCGUGAAAGACGAGCAGGCGAGGAUGGAGAGGGAAAAGUAUUUCGAUGAGUCGGAGCAAGAGAAAGGGCUAGACAUGGUUCGCUUUGCGCUGCUCCAAAGCUGUGUCGCCGCGUUGCUAGACCACCAGAAUCCCGACCCGUGGGUACUGCAGAUUCGCUGUUUGGAGCAACUGGGUGCGCAGUGCGCGCUGCUCCGCCACGGGCCCGGGUACAGCAACAUGGGGCUGCGGUUGACCAGAAAGGAAACCGUAGGCGAGUGGCUGACGUCGUCUGCGCUAGCCUCGCAGCUCCUUCGACCCGACGGCCCGCUAGUGGACUUUCUGCAUCGCCUUUUCCCCACGAAUCUGUUUGGCGGCGGUGGAAUGUUGAACCACUCGGUCGGUGCCACGGAUAAUUCCUCAUCUAGCGCCGGGAAAAGCACGAUCUCGAUUCGCACAAAAACAGCCGUUUUUCGCGCGCUGGAAAACAGGGACGCCUUGGGUGAAAUUAGUAGUAAAUCCUGGGAAGUAGUAGAAACCAGCACGAAUCUUCAGACCACUUCCACAACGGCCGGGGCCGAUAGCAACAUGAUACACGAAGACACGGCAAAAGCGGAUCUCAUACAAUUGGACUUGGAGAGUGAUCCUGGCGGUGUGGUCGGCAGCACCCCGCUUGCAUCAUCAACCAGUGCAGGUGUCCUCGCGGGUAUAUCUUCAACAACUGCUGCCGAUGAAGUAGGAGGUCCUGCCUCGCGGCAUCCGCAUCGUCAAAAUGCCGCAUUCCAGCCACAAUCUUCGCCGGGCGUUAGCCCCUCUUCUUCGGCCGCUGCUUCGACAAGCCAGACGACGAAGCAAAAUAAACCGGAUAGAACUACAGCUGCAGCUGCCGGUAGAGAUAAACAAGAUAAAGUGCAACAGACCACAAAAGCCAAUCCACCCCCGGCUUUGGAGGUGUUACCCAUACCCGGAGGGACGACAGGGGUAGAAGUGCUGCCUACAACAAAAAUUUUCAUCAAUCCGGGCGCAGAACCUCGGACGCCCGCAGGCCACAGAAGAACCCUCAAGAAGCUGAACAAGCUGAAUGCGAAGGUUUUAAAGUCGAGCGACACGCAAAAAUUCAUCAAGGCCGCUGGGGAUACGCUGAAACAAAUUCUAAUUUCCGGCUACAACAGAAAACCGAACAUGCUCGAGAAGUGCCUGGCCUUCGAAGCCCUGCUGGCGUACGUGACUACGAAACCCGAGGACACCGGCAUCGACACAGAGGCAAUUUUCCGGCAAAGUCGUCACUUCUCCGACGAGAUCUACGAGACGCACAAAGCCCUGCAUCUGGAGUUUUUAGCGCACUUCAAACACAAAAUCGCAAGGGGGUUCUACGGCAAUGGUCGUAUAGGUGGUUUUCUUUCAGAUACAAAAUCACCUGGUACAACACCAUACAUGGACGAUUUUGCCCGCACCGGAUCCUGUAACCCUUGCGAAGCGGACCUUGUCCGUCAUAUCCCCCCGGAGGACACGAACUUCCGGCAAAAUAACCCAGUAUUCGCUGCGUCGCCCACGUUUUUCUUCGAGAAACUGCUGUAUCCCGCUUUCUUUCUGGGCUUCAUUUCGCCCUGGAAGGGCGCGAUGUCGCUGUGCACCGGCGAUUUCGCGAUGCUCUGGCGGGAUCUGCACUUUGACGAGGAUUUGGUGGAGGCUCGCUGGUUGAACGCACGGAACCCGAUGCUGGGUGAGGUCAUGGUGUCGUCUACAGAGAGAAUCCGCAUCAUGGACAAGCUUGCCUUGUGGCGCAAGGCACUGCAACCGGUGGUCGUCAGUACAACUCGCUACGGGAAAACCAAGAAGGAGUCCGCUGCGAUUGCGCACAGUGGUAGUAUUUUUGGAAUAAAUCACGAUCCAGUUUCCACCUCGUCUGGUACAGCCGCACAUACCACUUCCAGCAGCGACUUGUAUACUAGUCCGGAAAGCGGCGAGACCACCACGAGCCUUGCCUCGACAGCACGCGACGAAGAGUCCACUUCGCAGCUUGUUUCAUCGUCCAGUUCUGGUAGCACGACCUCCUCGUCCACCACCUCGAGCCCUCCAAAAAUGCUCUUGGAGAGCAUCAAAGGCGUGCGGUUUUUGGACAGAAUGCGAAAUAGGGAGCGGGCCGUGAAGGCCCGCAUUCCCUACGGCUUCCAGGUCGUCAAGGACGUGUUUGCCGAAGCUGAGCAGGUGCGCGCAGCAGCACAGAUGAGUUACAAGUCCGCCAGCAAAGGCACCGAAGUUGUCGACCAUGAAAAGGCCCUGGCAGAGGAGGAGGAAAUGGAAUUGGAUCUGGAACGCGAGGACGGGUUGGUUUGUAACCGACCCGUUUCGCUGUACACGGAUUUUCGCAGGCAUCCGUGGGACACGCGGGGCACGACGGGAAACAAGAUCACUUUGGUGCAAGGAACGACCCACGUCCAAGUCGGGUUUCUCGACUUCCAGGAGCUCAUGAACGCGAAGAUUCUUGGUGGUGAGACAACUUCAACUUUUUCUGAGAGUUGUGAACAAAGUCCGGACGGCAAAAAAACGACCACUAGUGGCUCUUCCCCGUCUUGUUCACCAGGCGGACUGCUGCAACUCCCGCACGAGAGCGAACGCCUGAAAUUCGUCGGCAUUUGUUACGACGCCUACACCGUUGCCAAGUUCACGGUGAUCCAAUUCAUGCUGCUCUCCGAGGACACGCCGCUCGAGCACGUGCUGCAGGUCUGGUACAGCUCGAUGUGGACCUUUGCUGCACUGGAAAGUUUCAUCGCGCACUGCAGGGUUGCCAUUGUGGUCCUGAGUGCCAAACGAGUUGUGCCACCAGAGGGAGACGAGGAAGAGCCAGAGAAGCACCAGUCAGCAAAAACUACUACUACUUCUGCGAAGAGUUCUUCUGGUAACAAGAAGAAUCAGAAUGCCAAAAAGCUGUCUUUCGAAGCAGCGGAUGACAUGGUCGGGGACCCGUCAGUGUUGCUUUUCCUGGAGAAGUGGCUCGCCACGGCCACCGAACAGCCGGUCACCCCGACUGAAGCCGCGUGCACCUGGUUCAACAACGUGGUGGGGGCCGAAAUGAGCUCGGUGAUCGGCCGGCCCGUGCCGUACGACCGUGUUUCAGAAGAUUUGCUCGCGUACCUCCGCGUCGUGGAAAAGCAGACGAAGAAAAAAAGUACGGGCGUGCCGUUCUCCACACACGCAUGCACGAAAUUUCUCGAAGCGUUCAACGCGAUUCCCUCUUUCAAGAGCGAGGCGAACCGCGUGGCCUUGGUUCACUACCUCCUUACCGGGAGACUCGUGCCAGGCGAAGGGAUGGACCGCGUCGCUGCGGGAGCAAAAACUUCUUCUACCGAUGAAGACGCUCUUGGGGGGCGGGGGCUCGUCGAUGUUGAGGAAGUAGACAAACAGGAGCAAAGCGGAACCAGCAAAAAGACAAACAACGAGGGACAAAAGCAAAAGAGCAGAACUAAGCAACAGGGGCGAGGAGAUGAUGAGCCGGAUGUUCUUGAUACGAACGUCACUUCCUUAUUUCUUGGAAACAUCACUAUGUUUCGAGCGAACAUAGUGGCGGGCUUGGAAAAAAACCUGAAUGCACUGACGUGUCUCUCCAUCGAGGACUACAUUGAUGAAUUAGCCCGGGAUGACGCCGGUCGCCGACUCGAAGUCGAUCUUGAACAACAUCAAGCCGAACAAGUGGAUAAAAGUACUGAAAUUUCUCGUAAACGACCAGACACAACAACAUCACCAUCUUCCACACGAAAGAAACCCAAGACCGCUCUAUGCGAUCCCACUCUGCUGCGGAAGCAGUAUCAAAAACGGGCAGCGGCGGGGGAAAUACGCAACAUCGUGCAGCUAUUUAUCCGACGGACGCUGCGGCAGCUGCAGUCCCUCCGGCGCAGCCUGCUGUCCAGAAAAGUUCAGGUCUUUCUGCACUACCGAACCCACGACGAAUGGAGUCGGAGGAACGACCUGGCCGACUUCAUUGCUACUUACAACCCAGCAACUGUUUCCUGGACCAACGAGGUGGACAGAUACCCGCUUGACGCUUUCCACGAGCUGGCACGAAGGGCCAGUCGAAAACCGCACCAGCAGCAGCAGCAGCAGCAAUUACCGACGACGCAUUAUGCCUACUCCCUGAAUUGGAUCGGGGAGACUUUUGGCGCCUGCCUGACCGAUUUCCUCGCGCUUCCAGACCCGAACAGAUCGACAGACCAGUGGGAUCGCUAUGUUCGCGCCAGACAAAAGCCCCAAGAGGAGCGCGGCGAAAGAGAUGAAAACUCCGACGAAGCCUACCUGUACCAGCAAGACCCCGAAACCUUGAAAAAAGUGAGACAAAUUCUGGCGUGUUGCUGCAGCGAAAACGGGUUCCUCUACUCGAGGAAGGGACACCGAACAACGUCGAGCGGAGCUGCCUUGUCGUACGAUGUUGAACCUCCAGCAAAGAACGCUGCUGAAACCAGUAAUAACGCAAGGCCCGCGCUUUAUGCAGAAGCAGAAACGAAAUUGCACUCAGCGGUAGACGAUGAAGAUGUGGAGGACGAUGAAGACGAAGAGGAGCCAUCUGGGGGACGAGCGUCAAAUGGUCCUACACCGGUAAAAAAACUACCUUCCAGGAUGUUGAUCCCCCCGCGGAGACAACUCCACGCCAGUGGCCAAGUUGCAAAAGUGCUACUUGACCAUUAUCACUGCGCUCUGCUGAGCACUCCCUUGCGGUUGCCCGCUCUUUCGCUCUGCCGGUACGUCUUGCAGCAGGUCACCUGUGCGAGCUGGGUCAAAGACUUCUUCUGCAAGAAAUCCAAGCACAUCAUUGCGCACUGCGAGGAAAACGGACUCAAUCUCUUGUCCCCCCUCUCAACCUCCAGCAGCCACCAGCUGUCCUUUAGCUGGCGCUACUUCUCCGCAGAGGUUGCAGGUGCUGCUGGUGCACCAGGAGCUACUUCUUCUGCGAUUGUCUUUCCCUGGACAAAAGAAAUAGUAAUCGAAGAUAAAAAUAGUAGUUCUAGUUCUACCCCCGCGCCCGCUGCUUUAUCCUCGUCGUCCACACCAACUACUACACUCGUGCCGGGUGAAAAUAUUGAGGCGGUAAAGGAAACCAGCACGGCUCCUACUGGCGAGAAUGGAUCGGCUGGAGACCACCAGGUAGUACAGCGAGUAGUUGACGACGAGGGAAAUAUCAUCAACAACACCGCAAACAAAUCGCAAACUGAUCGCUGCACCGAAAGAGAAGCGCUAGCUUUUGCCUCAACCCCAGAUGAGAACAAAACAGAUGAGACACCCGACGCUCGGGGUCGCGAAGAACAAGACGAUGGUGGUCUUCUUGAUCAAAAACUUGUGGCAGCUGGUGGCGCGAGCGAAGCAGUUGGGGCCGCAGAGAAGGAUGUUGAACAAGCAGAGGAGACACUACUAGUACACAACCCCGACAUGAUGAUCUUCCACGACGAGGACACUAGCAAGCUGAGCAAGCACGCCCUGAAAAGGAAGCGCCGCGCCCUGCGGGAAGAGGAGGAGCGAAAGCAGCUUGCGGAGGACGCCGAGUUGACCGCGAAGCGUCUCGCCCUCGCCAAGCGACAAUACGAGCACGCCCGCUCUUUGGAACGGUUCGUGACAGAUCACGUUUUAGUUUCAAAGAAGCGCAAUGGCACCAUUUUCGAGAAAGACAAAUGGAUGCGUGCGGCGCAACGCUGCACUUCUUCUACGGAGCAGGACGAGGAGCCUUCUGAAGCGCAAGACUCCUCGUCGAGUUUCUUUGUCUUGGACCCUACUCGAGGCCGUCUGGAACUCCCACCGACUGUUUUGCCUUGGUUGUUGCCCCUCCUGAAUCGGCCCGAGUUACAAGUAUUCAGACCUGGCUCGUCAGACCCCAUCGGCCUGCCCGAGGGCCUCGAGACCGACAUGGAAAUGGUGGACAUACUUUUCAAUUUUUCUCGAAUGAAGGCCGACGUGCAGCCGUACUAUCUGUUCGUGAAAAAUCUGCUGGAGCAGAAGCCCGAGACGUUGAUGGCAUUGGCAUGUACCAAUGCGCAGCCGGAAAUGGUAAUGCAGCGGUGGUGGACCGACAACGUGGAAGAUCAUGGCGCGAUACAAAUUGGCUACGCUGCAUAUCAACUCCUGGAGUUCUGUCACACCGAGCUGAACGGCCAGCUGACCGCUUUGACGGACCCGAUGCUAGUUGGCAGUGGAUAUGGCUUGCUCAGAUGUUACAAUCUCAAACGUUGCAAUAGAGACUGAAACUUGUCUUGCAUAAACAGCAUGAGUGCCAUACAGAGACUUCGGCUUUUCGCAAUAGAAAUUGCGCGAUAUUCUCAUAGAGUUUGGAGCUCCGAAACUUGUCAUGCUCGCUCCUGUGGGAGUGGGCCAGAUGUUGCGCAUUUUGCAACACGACAAGUUUCAGACUCUAUUGUAGCGUUUGAGAUUGUAACACCUGAGCAGGUUAUAGUGGAAAAAGAAAAUUUCUGGGAUACGUGUUUCAAAACCUCCGCGACUUCAGCCCAAAUGUGUUGAAGGUAGCAGCUAAGGCAGAAAAUAAAGGCUCAACAUCUGCCGAUGGAACUGCAGAAGAUCCCUCUUCAUCUUCGGAUCAUGCGAUAUCACAGAAACCCUCCGUAUGGAUGUGUCAGGUUUGAAAUCGUCAAAGUUGAAAUACUUUGUCAUGCAUAAAACGGAUACCAGUUAGACCUACAGUUUGUAGUCGGUGCAUGACAAAUUUUCCCGGUCAUGGAAGCGAGUCUGUCAUGCGGUUUAGGGCAAAAGAGCUGCCUUCUGUCAUGCUAGUCAGCAGUCCAACUUUUGACCCUUACCAGGACUAUAAUCUGCUUCCCGUGGGUCCUCUGCAAUAGAGUCACUUUUUGUAUCGCAUUUUAUGCAUUACAAACAAGGUCCGAGCACGGGGACAGAGUCCCCGUGCGGCGACCUUCCGGCAUUUGUCUGGGACGAGGGGGCUCGGGGGUUGUGGCGGCACUGGGCAGGGAGAAAAGAAAGGAAGAAGCUGGCGCCGGGCCGGGGGGCGGGGCGCCGAUAACUCCGGCGCCGGGUCUGUAGCUGGCCCCUAGGUCAUGGCGCGGGGACCGACGAGUCCCCGCGCUGACCUAGGGCCUUUGCCCCUGGGCCGUGAGGUUAGUUUCCGGGAAGCGCCCAGAGCUGGCCGCUAGGUCAUGGCGCGGGGACCGAGUCCCCGCGCUGACCUAGGGCUGGGCCGUGCGGUCAGUUUCCGGGAAGCGCCAAAAGCUGGCCCCUAGGUCAUGACGCGGGGACCGAGUCCCCGCGCUGACCUAGGGCUUUUGCCCCUGGGCCGUGCGGCUGGUUUCCGGGAAGCGCCUAAAGCCGGCCCUUAGGUCAUGGCGCGGGGACCGAGCCCCCGCGCUGCCCCAGGGCUCUUGCCCCUGGGCCGCGCGGUUAGUUUCUUUCAUUCAUUCCGGAAACAAAGCGCCGGCACCUGGCCCCUAGGUCAUGACGCGGGGACCGAGUUCCCGCGCUGCCCGAGGGCUUUUGCUCGUGGGCCGUGCGGCUAGUGUACGGGGAGCGCCAAAAGCUGGCCCCUAGAUCAUGACGCGGGGACCGAGUCCCCGCGCUACCCUAGGGCCCUUGCCCCUCGGCCGUGCGGCUAGUGUAUGGGAAGCGCUACAAGCUGGCCCCUAGGUCAUGGCGCGGGGACCGAGUCCCCGCGCUGCCCUAGGGCUUUUGCCCCGGGGCCGUGCUGUUGAUUUCCGGGAAGCGCCAAGGGCUGGCCCCUAGGUCAUGGCGCGGGGACCGAGUCCCCGCGUUGACCUAGGGCUUUUGCCCCUGGGCCGUGCGGUUGGUUUCCGGGAAGCGCCCAAAGCGGGCCCCUAGGUCAUGAUGGGGGGAGCGAGUCCCCUAGCUGCAAGCCCUGGGGCUUUUGUUUGAUUGCCCCUGGGCCGCGCGGUUAGUUUCUGGGAAGCGCCAACAGCUGGCCCCUAGGUCAUGACGUGGGGACCGAGUCCAAAGCGUCAACAGCUGGGCCCGGAGGCCUGAUGCCGGGCCGCGUUCGUAUGCAAUGACGCCGGUUGCGAGACUAUUUAAAUGCGCCAGGUUUGGAUACUUCUGCCGCUCUGGAUCUUUCACGCGAUUCGGAUCGAUCCGGAAACGCUCUCCGCUCUGGAUAUUUGUUCUGCCCCCUGCCCUGGGUGUGGUUGCCUGGGGUGUAUCGGGGGUCUUUGCCGUGGGUGUCUGUCGGGGGUGUCUGCCGGGGGUGCGUCUGGGGUGCGUUCGGGGCUUGCCCUGUAACUUGCGAAUCACGAUGCUACGCGGCCACUUUACAUACCCCAGAACGCAGGCCAAAGCCUCAAAAGUCCCGGCCGGGGUCUGUCGGGUGUGAGUGUCGGGGGUGUCUGUCGGGUGUGAGUGUCGGGGGUGUGUCUGGGGUGUGUUCGGGGUGUGCCCUGCAAAUUACGAAUCACGGUGCUACGCGGCCACUUUACAUACCCCAGAACACACCCCAAAGCCUUAAAAGUUCCGGCCGGGGUCUGUCGGGGGUGUUUGUCGGGGGGUAUGUCGGGGGUGUGUCGGGGGUGUGUCUGGGGUGUGUCUGGGGUGUGUUCGGGGUGUGCCCUGCAAAUUACGAAUCACGGUGCUACGCGGCCACCUUACAUACCCCAGAACACACCCCAAAGCUUCAAAAACUCUGGUUUGCUGCUGUUUAAAUAGUAAUUAUUUCAACUUUGACGAUUUCAAACCUGACGCUUCCAUACUCCGUGGCGCCGACUCGAGACACCCGACUUCCCGGCGAGGGACACGGCGACCUCCCGCCCCACCGGCCGUGGGACACGAGACCCGGGUGCGGGCAAGCGAGGAGGCCGGUGGAGAUUUGUGAACACACCACGCACGUUAUGAGUCGUGUGCACAACUCUCCCUCCCGCUCACUUGUGUUGCAUGAACAGCAACAGAAGCGCUGGCAAAGAUGCAGCUUUUGGAUGACAAAUUUCUAGAGGAUUGCAGUGCGGUUUUGGAUUCCGGAUUCUGUCAUGCAAACAGUGCUAAGAUGCAAAGGGUGGAUUUGGAAUUUUGCAUCACAAAUGAGGGGGAGGGGGACGAGUUGUGCACUUUCAUACACGUUCAAGUCGGCUUUCUCGACUUCCAGGAGCUGAUGUAUGCACUGCAAAAGUGUCGUACACGUACUAAUCGUAAUCGCGGUCAUGCAUUACAAAUCCCGAUAUUAAGGCAAAUCCGCAUUACACAUUUCAUUUCUCAUGCUGAGGAAAUCUGUGAUGCAAUUCAUACUAGUACGACACUUUUGCAAUGCAUAUGAUGAGCGCCAAGUUUGUUCCAAACGAGGUCCUCGACAAGCGAGCGGAAUUGGAAAAAAUGGAAGCAGCAUUUCGAGACGUCGAACGAGUGGCACAGCGAUCUAGUAGUACUUCAGGUCAAAAAGAGAGGUCGGAUGAGCAGAACCGUGAAAAUCUUGACGUGAAAAAUCACCUCCAGGAAGUCAACAAUCCUGACAUCAAGACCGCGGAGGCAAGCAAAAACUCUUCCACGGAGCAAAUGAAAAACGGUCCUUCUAGGCCGCAAACCCGUUUUGUUGGUUACUGCCACGACCUGUACACACUGGCGAAGUUUCUCGUCAUCUCGAAGAUGCUGGAUACGGAGAGCUGCCCGAUCGAUAUGCAUUGCAAACAUGUCCGGGUCUGGAAGGAUGCAACUUGUGAUGCUAUCUUUGGAUUCGAAAAACAUCGGUAUUGCAUGAAGGGCAAGAGGAGUUUUCUGUGCUACGCGGAGAGGGCAUUUCUCAUGCGGAAAAGGCAUCAGAAAGCUUUUUAAAAAUGUGUGAUGUUGCUAGGUCACUCAUGCAUUACAGACAUCAUGGUUCGUGCCAAAUAUGCAUGACAAACCUGGCAAUUUUCCAGAGGACCCAGACAUCUUUGCAUUUGAUAAUCGAUCACGUGAUCCAAGUGUGGUACUCCUCGGUGUGGACCCUCGAGACCUUCGCCAGCUUCGCAGCCGCUUGCCAGGCAGUCGUCUGGCUAAUCCAGUCCCCGUAUUUCGUGGGACCGCCCCGGACUCCGGAGGAGGCGGCCAGUGUGGAAGAAGUGGAAUCGCAGCGGCGGCGGCUCUUCGACGAGGACAUUUUUGAGGGGAAGUAUAACCACAACCACGAAAAUCUUCUCUGCGACAUCCUCGCCUACUGGUCCGAGAAAGCAACGCCGGUCCUGCUUCCGGACGUGCACCGGCAGUGGUUUGACGAGGUGACCUGCAUGAAAAACUUUGGCUGUUUCGACACCGUCGCGUGCUUUCGCAGAGCCAUCGACCACGAGGCUCUGCUCCACUAUUUCCUGUCGGGGAACUUGUUUCCCGAACUCACGGCCCGGACCGCUUUGGACAGACUGUACACACUGAAGGAGCCGGCCAGAAGAGCGACGCUACAAGAGAUUCUAAAAGGGCAGGUCGAACUGGUGAAGGGCCCAACGUACAAAUUGGCUGAAAUGAAAAUAAACACAGGACGAACAAACGACAAGGCAAAGGCAGGAGCUGCAACAUCAAGUCCAGCACAAAAGUCACCAGUCCCCAUUCGUGAGAAAGGGUCUACUUUCCUGUUCGGCAAUGUGACCAUGUUCAUUCACUCAAGCGACGAGGAGAUCUUGCCGGUGGAACUUAUGUUCCGAGAUAUGACGCCGCUGCAGCGGAAUCUGAACGCUUUGGCGUCCAUGUCGCUGGACGACUAUGUGCAGGAAAUGAAAUUAAACGAACGCGAUCUGGGCGGUAGUACCUCGUCUGCUAAAAAAAGCGAGAAGAACCUUCUGCAGCUGUUUCUCUCCGCGACGCGCCGGAAGCUUUCCAACCUGCGCACGCUGAUGCGGGAGGACAAGCUCUGUGUGACCCUGCGGCAACGGGACUGGCGGCGAAAGCCUAUCGAUGCGGAGGACAUCGGAGCCUUGAGGCCGAAGUCCUAUCAAAUGUAUAAAAUGUCUGGGUCUGGAAGAAUGCAAGAUUUGUGAUGCAGGUUUUCCAUGACUCAUGAGGUCUGGAAUGCGAGACCCAGCAUGACAGACUUUUUGAGGUCUCUAUCAUGCCUUUCCUGCAUGAGAAACUCCCUCUCAACUUGGUCAAAAGCGGACAGUUUUUAGUACUCACGCAACACAGAUGUUCGCAUCAUUCAGAUUUAGCAUGACAAGUUCUAACCUUCCAGACCCUGUAACAUUUUUGCACUUGAUAAAUGCAUUUCCUGGACCAAUGAGAUGGACCGAUACCGCAUCGCGGACUUCCAUAAAAUUGCGAAGGCAAGCGAGGGGCGAGAAGGUGUUGAAACAUCAACUUCUCAUCAGAACGAUCCGGCAGGCAGCUGCACCGACGUCCUCACAGAUUUGUACCCGUCGGUUAAUCCUCGGUAUGGGGAAGCUUGCUUCCACUUUGGCUACAGCACGAAGUGGGUCCUGGAGACUUUCGGAGCGCACAUCCUGGACUUCAGCAGCUACUACAUGCACCUCCCUGGGUGGGAAAAGUUACUGGAGAUGAACAAGACUGAAGAUAAAGUGGAAGGGCUCGAGCAGUGGCAGAGAGAGCAAAAGCAGAUCCAACAUGAGCAGCUGCGCGCGUGGAUCGGCCAGGCAAUGCGGAUCCCGACAGAACUUCUUCCCAAAGAGGGUGACGGAAAUGAAGAAGUUCUCGAAGGCAAAAGCAAAAAAACAGGUAAAGACCUGAGUUUUCGGCCGGGAACGAUCGCAGAAUUGGUGGAGCUGCCGCUCCGGUUGCCGGGCAAAGACCUGGUGAACCGCAAGCUGCAGGAAAGUGUGAAGAUGUGUUGGAUGCAAGACUUCGAAGCGAAGGCGCCGAAGGACUACGAUUGCACGUGUAUGCGGGAAGAUCUGGCGACGCACGUGUCGCCCUUGACGCUCCAGGACCGCUACGCGCACCAGGAGGGCGAUGGCAGCACGACAAACACCGCAGAGGAACUCGCAACAGGAGGACACUUUUCCUCCCUGUUCCUGGAGUGGGUGUACCUCGGGAAAGUAGGUGAAGCUCCAGAGGUAGAAGCAGCGGACGAACAGGAAUUCAAGUCCGUAGAAGAGGAAAAGUUUUCAUCUUCCACAGACGCGGAUGAAAACGAAAAGACACAGCAAAAAACGGAAUAAUGGCCCAGGACCUGCUUUUGCUUGGGCUUGAUUCCCACGUAGUUGUUGAUGUUGUCUAUUCAACACAUUAUAUUUUAGCUAGGGCACAUCAAAUAGACCUCUUCCAUAUCUUCGUCCUUUCAGUUGUAAUCAUCGAUCCCCAGCAUAAUUCCAACCGUUUCAUUUUUGUCGUGAAGUAGUAAAACGGUAAUCGACAGAGAACAUAGGUUCAGAAGGAGCUCGAAAAACAAAGUAGUCAUAACCUAAUCUAGUAAUUCGCUUCAGCAUUGCUCGGAUUCAUCGAGUCCCUUGUUUCUGGUUCCGGCUGUUGUUCCUGCAAGAGGC